AUGGAUAAAAGAUUGAAAAGCCAAAAGACUGUGGAAAAGGAUGGCAAAUCCAGUGUUGAGACGCAGAGCAAUAAACGCUCCAAGAAAAAGACAAAUGUAGAAAAUGUUGCAUCCAAAGCCAAACACUCGGCUGUUACGUUUGAGAAUGAAAAUCGACUGACAUCCCGAAAGAGGCAACGGGUAGAAGCUGAACAGACGAAUGGAAAUGUUGCUAAGAAAACAAAAAAAAGCACAGAAGACUGUGAAAGUCAGAGCGUUUUAUCGAAACAAAACGAUCGAGGCUACAAUUCAAAUGAAGUGAAUGAAACAACGACACAGAUCUCGGAUUCUGUUGCUUCGGACGAAGACGAAGCUAUCGAUGAUUUUCAAACAAAGGGCACAUCAGCCAAAGAGCGAAAUGGGCUCAUUGACCUAUCGUUUGAAGACAAAGAGGAAAAUGCGAUUACCUCGGAUGAUUAUGUUCCUGUUGAGCUUAAAGAAACAACUAAAAAUACCGUCAAUAUCAGCACUAAAAAACCUGCCAGAAACAAGCACGUUUGGACCAAAGAAAGUGAUUGGAAUGAUUUGGAUGCUGUUCUUGACUUCCUAGAGGAUGAGGGAUUUGUUCUGUACGAUUACUCUGACUUGAUUUGCGGCCAAAAAUUCUAUUUUCGCUGUAAACGUACUCCGAAGUCGAUGAAACCAGGUUGUGCGAAGCUGUACACAUUAUAUUUACCAUCCAAUACGAAUGAAAUUCAAUUGCUAAAUAAUUCCCGAGAUCAUAAUCACGCUGAAUUGCUCGUUGGAAAAACGCAAUUAAUGUCAGAUGAUAUGAUAAACUUCGUUAAUCAGCUCUUCGAAAAAAAUGUAACUCAAUAUAGUUCCAUCAAACGAUUCAUCGAGCAAGCACGUCAAAAUGAAAGUAUUUUUUUGGAUGAACCUGUUCCCAAUACUCGACAAAUAGAGUACAGGCGGAAAAAAUUUCGAGAUGCUGAAGUGAACCCAUUGAUCAAUUUGGGCGACCUCAUCAAGUGGUGUGAAGAUAAUUCGAUAUAUCCAAGCAAUGAAAACGAUGCAUUCGUUGUAGCACAUGACUGCUCAUCGAUCUCGGAUCCAAACAUGAAAUUCCGUUUCUGUCUUACUACACCUACAUUGUUGCAGAAAUUCAUUGGUUUAAAACAAAUUUGUAUUGAUGCAACAUACAAAUUAAAUUGGAAUGGAUUUCCUCUAAUAAUCCUUGGUACUGUGGACAGAGCUAAAAAAUUUCACCCAUUGGCAUAUGCAUGCACUACGAGUGAAACUGCGGAUGACUAUGAAUUUGUUUUUGAGUCUAUCAAAACAGCAGUGGAAGUAUAUUUUGAAGCCAAGUUUGAGCCAACCACAAUAAUUGCCGACGGUGCGCAUGCGAUACGAAAUGCGUUCUUCAAAGUGUUCCCAUCAGCUGAUCUCGGAAUCAUGUGUUUUCCCCACGUUAUUCGUAACAUAAGGAAACGGCACUUCAAAGUGAAAAGCAACAAACAACUCAUUUUGGACGAUAUACGGAAAAUUCAGAAAGCUCCCAAUCGUUCAAUGUUCGAAAUGAUGUGUGAAUUGUUCUGUGAAAAGUGGAAACGACUCGAAUCAGAAUUUAUUGAAUAUUUCCGUAAGCAAUGGCUGGGUGAUCUCAAUAAUUGGUUCGAAGGAGCUGCAGAAUAUACGCCUUCAACUAACAACGGAGUUGAAAGUCACAACGCAAACAUAAAGAGAAAAGUUACAUUACGCAGGAGACUACCGUUAAAUCAAUUUCUUGCUGCUAUGAAACAUUUAACAGAAACAUGUUCAGAGCAAUUUUCAAACGGCAAAAGGCAAAUAGCAACAGAACCCAUUAUCAAAAGAGAAAUGAUGUUGAAUGCAGCGUACAUGUGCCAAAGUAAUUUUAAAUGUUUUAAAGCAAGAUCUCGGACUGCGGGCUCACUUGUGUAUUUAGUGCCAUCGUCAACCUGUGAAGAAGCAGAUGCCAAUGAAAUACACUACAAGCGCCUCGUUGAACGAAAAUGGACCAGCUUUGAUGAGUUUAUCAAACAUGGAUUUCAGAAAUUCUACGUUGUAAAUAUUUCAAUGUCGUCCUGGAAAAACAAAUCAACAUGCACCUGCGUUAGUUUCUUCAAAGAAAAUAUGUGCAAGCAUGUUCUUGCUAUCGGAAUGCUUCAUAAAAUUAUUGACUGUCCCGAUUCAUCGAAUCCAGUUCUACUUAAUCAACAUAAACGAAACGCUGGGCGAGUAACAGCUGCAAAAAAAGCUCUUGAACACCAAAAUUAAUAAGAUCGCGGUUUCUACUAUUUAUUUUAUAACAAAUGUGCCAAUAAAUUGAGUAUCAUGAUAACAAAUUACCUUUUUUCUAUUGAAAUGAACUGGGCGUAUACUUAGUCAACACAAUAUUUUCAGUAAUAAAAUAGGUGUUUAGUACAAUUUUCGGGCAUUUUUAGGUCUUUUUUUGAAUAAUUUAGUACGAUUUUGGGGAGUACUUCAUGGUAUUUUUGGGGGAAAUUUAGGACGAUUUUGGGGGAAAUUUAGGUCGGAUUUCGGGUACUUUUAGUAU